AUGCCACUUCAGAGUCAGCUAAUCACAAGCAAAGGUUACCCGUGCGAGGAGUAUGACGUGGAGACCACUGACGGAUACAUUCUUAGCGUUCAGAGGAUACCACACGGUCGCAAACCAAGCCCCGCUAGUAAGGACGUCACCAGGCCGGUAGUACUUCUGCAACACGGACUGUUGUCAUGUUCCGCCUGUUGGGUUGAAAACCUUGCCAACAACAGCCUCGGUUUCAUGAUGGCGGACGCCGGUUUUGACGUUUGGCUUGGAAACAGUCGAGGCAACAUGUACGCCCGCAGGCACAAAACACUGUCACCCGAUCAACUGGAAUUCUGGUUGUUUAGCUGGGACCAGAUGGCCCUACUUGACCUGCCGGCCACCAUUGAUAAGAUCCUCGGGGUAACGGGUGCCCCCAGUCUAUACUAUUCUGGCCACUCCCAAGGGGGUGCCAUAAUGUACGCCCUCCUAUCACGUGACCCCACCUACUCCACCAAGGUGAAGACUAUAGCAGCCCUAGCCCCUGCCGUCUAUAUGAACAACAUGACCAGUCCGUUCAGAUAUCUGGCACCGUAUGCCAGGGACUUUACGAUCAUAGAUGAGCAGCUGGGCCACGGUGAGCUUAUGUCACACAACAAGUUGUUGGAUCGGUUGGCCAGGGAAUACUGUGAUAGGGAUAACGCACAAUUCGUUUGUGAGAAUAUCCUAUUUCUCAUGGGCGGAUAUGACUUCAAACAAAUGAACAAGUCCCGAGUGCCAGUCUAUGUAGGCCAACACCCGGCGGGAACAUCAGUUCAAAAUAUUCAACAUUUUGCUCAGAUGGUGACAAGCAAGGACUUUCAAAUGUUCGACUUUGGGCCUGUCGACAACAUGAAGGUCUACCAGCAGGUGUCGCCACCCGUAUACCCCAUAGGAGAGAUCAAUGUACCAAUCAUGCUGUUCCAUGGAACCAACGAUUGGUUGGUCAGCGUUAGUGACGUCACCAGGCUACUUAAUGACACGCAGCCUACCAUCUCAAAGAAGCUUAUUCAAGGUUGGGAACACUUAGACUUCAUUUGGGCAUUAAACGCGCCACAGCAAUGCUACAAUGAUAUUAUCAGCACUUUCAAGAACAUGAAUCGAACAGAAUAG